UAUUUGUGUGACUGUGAUUAUUUUGUGUGAAAGUUAUUGAUAUAUUUGCGACAAUAUGACUGAUGAAACUCAUAAUAAAAUCCUUGCUAUCGUUGCAAACAUAGCUAAAAAUAAAGACACAGUUGAAAAUGUUAUCGUCGAAGAUGAAAUAUCAGAAACCGAAAAUGAUGAGAAAGAUAAGAAAUCUUCAAAGAAAAAAGAACCGAUCAGAGGAAUCCCAAAGUCCGGAAGAUUUUGGAAAUCCAAAAAGGAGAAGUUCUCCAAAAUCAAUAAGACUAAAGGACUUAGAAACAGCUUUGAAAAGAAACAAGCAUUGCGUGAGCAGAUGCAAAGAACGAAAGAGCAAUCUAAACAGUUAUUAGAAGAAUUUAAGCAAAAACAAUUAGAACGGAAGGAAAGAAGACGGCAAAAUAUUGAACGCGCGGCAGAAAAUAAACGUAAAUCAGAAAUUGUUCAAGUAAUCACUAACACAGCUAAGCUAAAGAGAAUGAGGAAGAAGCAACUUAGAUUUAUUGAGAAAAGGGACACUAACAAACAAAUUGAAACUAAUAAAUAAGUUUCAUACUAA